AUGCAUGACCACGACCAGCAUGAUCCUCGCUUCUCCCGCGCGUCUAUGGAGGAUCCGGAGCUCGUCGAGCUCGAUCGUAUCGAGACGGCCCGACUACAGCAGCAGGCCACCGUCGGCUCGAUGCGCAAUCGCAUUCCGCGCGAGCAGUGGCUGCCCCUAGGUGCCGGCAAGCCCUAUCCCCCCGAGCUGCCCAACUCAGAGGACUACGUGGUGGAAUUCGAGGGCGCCGACGAUCCUCUGCACCCGCAGAACUGGCCCAUGCCGAAGCGGAUCCUGAUCGGCUCCCUCCUCACGUUCGGCGCCCUCGUUACCUCCUACUCCAGCGCCAUCUUCGCCACGGCCUCCCCCGGCGUGAUGGAGGAGUUCGGCUUCGGGUCUGAGGUCGCCGCCCUCGGCACGACGCUGUACGUGCUGGGAUUCUCGGCUGGCCCGACGGUGUGGGCGCCGGCGUCGGAGCUCGUCGGCCGUCGCUGGCCGCUGCUGAUCGCCAUGUUCGGGUUUGAUAUCUUCUCCAUCGCGACGGCCGUGGCCAAGGACACGCAGACCCUGUUUCUGGCCCGGUUCUUCUCGGGCUUCUGCGCCGCCAGCAUCAUCGCCCUCGUGCCAGCCAGCCUGUCGGACCUGUUCAAGAGCCACCACCGUGGCGUCGCCAUCGCCAUGUACACCAUGGCUGUCUUCCUCGGCCCCUUCACGGCGCCCUUCAUCGGCGGCUUCACUGCCGCUAGCGACCUCGGCUGGCGUUGGACAUUGUACGUGCCCGCAAUCGUCGGCUUCGCCAGCCUGGCACUCAUGCUAUUCUUCUGCCCCGAGACGUACGCGCCCACUGUGCUCGUCCACAAAGCGGCGGUCCUGCGCCGCCAGACCCGCAACUGGGGCAUCCACGCGCGCCAGGACGAGCUCGAGCUCGACUGGCACCAGCUGGUCACGAAGAACCUGGCCCGUCCGUUCCGCAUCCUCUUCACCGAGCCCAUCGCCCUGCUGCUGACGCUGUAUAUGUCCUUCAUCUACGGUCUGUCCUAUGCCCUUCUUCAAGCAUACCCCAUCGUUUUCCGCGACAUCUACCACAUGCCUGCCGGGGUCAGCGGCCUGCCUUUUAUUGGCCUGAUUAUCGGCGAGAUGACAGGCUGUGCGUUUGUCCUGUCCGGGGGCCGGUCCUAUCAGCGGAAGCUCGAGGGGAAUGGGUUCAUCACUGUGCCGGAAUGGCGUCUGCCGCCGUGUAUCGUGGGGGGUAUAGCUUUUGCAGGGGGUUUAUUCUGGUUCGGAUGGACCGGCUAUUCCCACUCCAUCCACUGGAUGGCACCCACAGCGUCCGGCGUGCUGAUCGGUUUCGGCUUGACCACUAUCUUCAUGCAAUGCUUCAACUACAUCCUGGACACGUAUUCCCACUUUGCCGCCUCUGCCUUCGCAGCAAACACCAUGAUGCGCUCCAUAGUCGCCGCCUGCUUCCCUCUGUUCACCGAGCAGAUGUUCCACAACUUGGGCAUCCAGUGGGCGGCGACACUGCUGGGCUGUAUUGCCGUCGCGAUGAUCCCUAUUCCGAUCCUGUUUUACCUCUUUGGGGGGCGGAUCCGCGCGAUGAGUCGUCUGGCGCCGGUGGAUCCGGCGGGGAAGAGUGUUUAG